UUGGGACAUUUUUUAGCGAGAUUAGAGGCAGAGUUUAGAGCACAAAGACGACUUGUAGGCGAGUUAAGCAACUGUAAUUCUAAUCACCCUGGUCCUCCAGCCUGGGCUUCCUUCACUUCCCUCAGCGGUUCCACGCUACGCUAGAAACGCUCUCUGCUUCCUUGAUUCGCUUCCUGAUUGACCCGAUUUGAGAGAGGUUUUGUUUUUCCCCGAGCACUUCAUCCAAACCUCCUCCGAGGGAGCGCUCCGGAAAGCUGUCGCUGGCCUUCACGCCUCAAGCCAGAAUGGAUGAAAUCAGCCGGCUGCUGGGGGCCGCCGGGCGCGCCCGCAGCGACACGCUCUCCUCCGACGCCACGCAGUCCACGGCCAGCAGGCUGGCUCUGCGCCAUCGGCUCAGCCAGCUGAUGACCUGCGUGGACGACCUGGACCCCAGGACCGAGCUGCACGACAAGAUGGUCAAGACCCUGGACAGCGCCUUCCGCUCGUGCGCCAGGAGAGCCAACAGGCCGAAGAAGGACCACUUCAGACUUCACAUGGUGACAUGGAACGUGGCGACCGCUGACCCUCCUGAAGAUGUGGCCUCGCUGCUCCAUCUGAACUCACCAAAGACUCCCGACCUCUAUGUCAUAGGGCUGCAGGAGGUGUACUCGGGGCCGGUGAGAUUUGUGUCCGACAUGGUUUUGGACGACCCGUGGAGCCAGCUGUUUAUUUCCAUCCUGGCACCGCGGCAUUACGUCAAGGUGUCUUCGAUGAGAAUGCAGGGUCUGCUGCUGCUCUUCUUCUCCAAGCUGGAGCACGUGCCCUUCAUCAGAGACAUCCAGGCCACCUACACCCGCACUGGCAUCUUUGGUUACUGGGGUAACAAAGGGGGCGUGUCCGUCCGCCUGUCCUUUUACGGACACACGCUCUGCUUCCUCAACUGCCACCUGGCUGCUCACAUGAAGUACGCGAACGAACGGGUGGAUGAGUUUGAGCGCAUCGUGGACACGCAGACGUUCGACUGCAAGAAAGCUCCAAGGAUAAUGGACCACAGGCUGGUGUUCUGGUUCGGGGAUCUCAACUUCAGGAUCCAGGACCACGGCAUGCACUUUGUCCGCUCGUGCAUCAACAACCAAACCUACAACCUGCUGUGGAGCCACGACCAGUUGAUCAUGCUGAAGGAGAAGGAGCAGCUGCUGCAGGAGUUUGAGGAAGGCCCGCUGGACUUUCAGCCCACAUACAAGUUUGACUUGAACUCAGAUACUUAUGACAGCAGGCUCUACGCGACAUGGUUUGGCUUUAAUGGCAAGAAGCGAAAGCCUGCCUGGACCGACCGGAUUCUGUGGCGGGUCCGACCCAAAUCCCCACCCAACGACGAGCCGGACCUGAAGGAUGUGAAAAGGAAACAGCUGAAAGAGGAGGAGGAGUACCCUCUGAAGGUCAGGCAGGAGCUGUACACCAGCAGCAUGGAGUACAGCAUCAGCGACCACAAACCGGUUAUCGGCAUCUUCACCCUGGAGCUGACCAAGAUGUACCAGACCCCUCUGGUGAGUCUGCACGCAGAAGGCGACUGGAGCGCAGACAUUGACUCCAUGGUUCUCUACAGACCCCUGCAGCCCUUCCCGUCCAGCACCUGGGACUGGAUCGGACUCUACAAGGUUGGAUUCAGCAGCGUGUCGGACUACAUCACCUACACGUGGGUCAAAGACGACGAGGUGGCCUUCAACGAGGAAGUGAUGCAGGUGUUCAUGAGUAAAGAGGAAAUCCCGGUUCGAGGCGGAGAGUGUGUCCUGUGUUACUAUAGCAACAGUCUGCGGUGCAUCAUUGGAAUUAGUGAACCCUUCAAGGUCCAGGAGUCAAAGGUGGCUGUGGCAGAGGGCCUGCUUCCUGAGAGGAUCAACGGACUGGACAAAAUAGCAAGAAGUGACGACUUUUGAAACGCAUCUCUCACAGAUGUGGAUGAGUUGAAGCGACCCAGUUUCUUGACCUCCAGCUCAGCACAGAUUAGGAAUCUCAUCCACACUGACCCCUGCGCCCCCGUGGUCAGUGCGUCUUCUGUUAGGGCUGCUCUCCUGGUAGACUGACUAGCUGCUGGACUUGAAGCCUGAAACCGUAGGUAACGAGCUCAG